AGUAAUCGAUAAAAAUGGUCCUUGCUGGCGCUGCUGCCGGUGCUGGUGCUGGAUGUAACCGAAGCUCAGUUGCUUCAUUAUCAAAUCUUCAACCUUGACCAUCCAUUUUCUCCCAAUGGAUUUCUUCAGAUCAGUAUUCUCAGAGGAACAUGAUUCUCCAAAAUCCGAACACGAAUCCAAAUCCUUCAAUAAUCAACCCCAAUCCGAUUCAGAUCCAAACUCCCCUCCUAACCCUAACCCGAACACCACUGAUGGUGCAUGGAGCUUUGGGGGUCUCAUGAGAACCCUGACAACCAAAUCUGAAUCUGUCAUCGAAAUUUACCGCCGCGAUCUAAAGGAAUUCGGGUCGGGCCUAAAGAAGGAGAUCGAGGUAGCCCAUGGAUCGUUAGAGACUGUGGGGCACACUAUUGAUGAGAUUGGUAGCUCUGUGUUGAAAAGUACUGCCCAGAUCAUUUCCCAAGGCAAGGAAGCAAUCCUCGCCGAUCACGAAUCCGAUUCAUCUGAUAAUAAUGAGAGAAGCAUUGCUAGUCAACAAAGCUUGAACUCGAAACCUUAUAGUCGCUUUGAUGCUCAGGUACGAGCGAUUCAAGGCGAUGCGACUACAUACAGCGAGGAGCCAGAGGAUUUGGAUGAUUAUAGGAAAUGGAAAUUAGGGUUCGUUUUGGAAGAGAAGAGAGAGGAAGUUGAAAGUUUGCUUGAUGAGAAUGGUACUAUGGAGAGUAUAUUUAAUAGGCUCGUUCCAAAUAUUGUUGAUGAGGAGACAUUUUGGUCUAGAUAUUAUUAUAAGCUUUAUAAGCUCAAGCAAGCUGAAGAUGUGAGAGCUAAUCUUGUAAAGCGAGCAACUUCAACAGAAGAGGAGGAGUUGAGUUGGGAUGUUGAUGAUGAUGAGGAAGAAGAAAUCAAAGAUGAGAGUAAUGAGAAGGAGCCAAUAGUGAAUGCUAAUGAAAUUAAUCAAAUGGCCAACAAAGAAUCUGAACAAAGUGUGAAUGUAGAGAAGAAGGAGAUAUCUGUGCAGGAAUCAAAUGAAGAGAAGGCUUUGAGUGGUGAAAAUGUGGCUGGUAAGCAAGGGGAAUUGGAGAAGAGCAAGGAAGAGUUUGUAUCAAAAUCUGAUGAGAAAGCAGGAUCAGAAGGGAAGGGUGACAAAGAAGAAUCUUCAAAAGAUAGUGAUGUUUCGGUUAUAUCGAGCCACCCAUCAAUGCCAGAGGAGGAAGAUCUUGGGUGGGAUGAGAUUGAGGAUCUAAGCAGUAUUGAUGAGAAGAAAGUGAGUCAUAGUGGAAGUCCAAACAAGGUUGAUUUGAGGAAGCGAUUGAGUGCUGCAGAAGAAGAGGAGGAUUUGAGUUGGGAUAUUGAAGAUGAUGAUGAGCCAGUUAAAGCUUGAAGUAAUUGUUUUGUUUAUAACACCAAAAUUUAUUACUUUGUCUGAUCUAUCAGCAUAUUUGUGCAAGUGUUAUAUAGAUUUUGGUUCAUUUGUACCUUAAAAGUGCGAGCAUUAUCUCCCAUUAUAUUACUUGAAGUGGAAACAAAUGUGUGUUUAAUAAUAACAUUUUCAUUUCUUGACUUGCUUUAAGUUAAGGUA